AUGUUACAGCUCACCAACUUGUCAAUCGCUUCACACACCUGUGCAUGUGAGCAGUGUCAGUCAAGCUCCCUCCAGACCCUUAGACCUCCACAUGCAGAGAGGCUGACUGCGCAGACUGUGAAGCCGAAGAUGGACUCUCUUCACUGGGCUCGGAGCUUUGGGCAACCCUGGAGUGCUGCUGGGUCUCUGUGGGGUUGGGCAGUGUCAAGGCUGCAGCUGGACUGGACAACAAGAUUCUUUCAGGAGGAUGAAGAGAUGCUGGUUCUGACCCAUAGUGAUGAGUUGAACAGAACCUAUGGUGAGGCCAACAGAAGCAACAAAGCCUCAUUCAGUCAAAACAACCUGUCUCUGACUGAGCAAAACGCCCCCAAUAGGAAUCCAGCAGGAUCCAGCACCGCAUUACAGGAUAAUAGUCCAACUUUUAAAGAAACCAAAGCAACUGUAAUCUCCACUGGAGCCAGGACCAUCACCAUAACUUCCGCAGUGUCCACUGCAGACUCCCGUUGGUUAAAAAACACCACAAGUUACGGCAAAGGAAAAAGAUCCUCUGAGAUGCAAGCUGACGAGAUGGGAAGCAACAGUGAGGAGAACCUGAGUUUCAACCAGGACCAGGGUAACACGAGCAGAUCCCACAGGCUGGCUGGGCUGCUCAGGGGGAAUAUACAAAAGCAAAAACUCUCUGAAGAUGGAGAGGAGCAAAGCGAAGGAAAGGAAAUGGUGGAGGUGACCUCUCAGUUCUGUACCUGCCCUGAAGAAGAGAGAGCGAGGGUGAGUCUGGCUGAUCCAUGUCAGAGCACCAGUGCCGGUCUGAGUCCCUCUCCCACCAUCACCGCCUGGGAGGCUGGCUGGAAUGUAACAAAUGCUAUACAGGGCAUCUUUGUGUUGGGUUUACCCUUUGCUCUGGUCCAGUCAGGUUACGCAGGUCUGGUUCUGUUGGUUCUGUCGGCCUGGGUCUGUAACCACACAGGGAGAAUCCUGGUGUCCUGUCUAUAUGAAGAGGAACAAAGUGGGGGGUCUGGCUCGGUGUCAAAGGUCCGAGUCAGACACAGCUACCAGGACAUAGUGGAGGCUUGCUGCAAAGGACUGUGGCCAAACUGGUCUGGACUGGGGGGCUGGAUGGUUAAUGUAGCUCAGGUCAUUGAACUGUUAAUGACCUGUACCCUGUAUCUAGUUGUCUCCACCAGUCUGUUGUCUGACAGUCUGUCAGGAAUGGCUGUUCCUAGAUCAAUAUGUUCUCUGAUCUCGCUGAUGUUCCUGCUGCCCUGCCUGCUGCUGACUGAUCUCAGACCAGUGUCCACACUCAGCCUGCUCUGCUCCCUCGCUCACAUACUGAUCAGCCUUUUGGUCGUGCUGUACUGUCUGAGCCUAGCCAGCAGCUGGUCUUGGUCCUCUCUGUCUCUGUCUGUGGACCCGGAGGACUUCCUCGUUUCUGUGGGCGUCAUCAUCUUCUCCUACACCUCACAGAUCUUCCUCCCUCCUCUAGAGGGCAGUAUGGAGGACAGGAGACAGUUUAAUGUUAUGCUGGGCUGGACCCAUGGUGCUGCCUGCAUAAUGAAAACCAUGUUUUCUUUGCUGGCCGUGUUGACCUGGGGGGCAGAGACUAGUGAGGUCAUCACAGACAACCUGCCCUCUGACCUUCGACCUCUGGUCAAUCUGUGCCUGUUGGCGAAAGCCCUUCUGUCCUACCCUCUGCCGUUCUACUCUGCUGCUGGAAUACUACAAACCUGUCUGCUCAGAGACUCUGCUGUCUCAUUGUACUCCAAACACGGAGGUCAAGGUGUGUCUCGUCCGGCCCUGCUUGUCCGCGGCGCCUUGCUGAUGACAUCAUACCUACUGGCCCUGCUGGUGCCCAGGUUUUCCCUGCUGAUGGGUCUGACAGGCAGCGUGACCGGGUCAGCCAUGACGCUCAUACUGCCGUGUCUGUUUCACCUCAGACUACACUGGGGUCGCCUCACUUUGAGGGACCGGCUGAUAGAUGUUGGUAUACUGAGUCUAGGGGUCAUCUGUAGUGUGUCUGGUGUGAUUUGUUCAGUGAAAAGACUGGUGGAGGGCCUGUAG